UACAUGCAGAAGAGCCGAUCCACAACGACAUAGGACGUUAGAGAAUUAGGCACCCGCAACUGUGGAUCAGGACAGUGGCAGACAAUCCUGAGGAAGGGCUGAUGAUUCUGUGUUACCGACGGACGACGCUUGUUUCUGGUAGCCCAAUAUGAGAUCACACAGUGCGAGAGGACUAUCGCUCCUCCAGCUUUCCGUUUGCAGCCUAAGCGACCUGAUUAUCUCCUGGCCAACCCACUGUCCUCAUCGCUCAUACCAUUUCCACGGAGUCACCAAGCCUCGGACGACCACGAAGCAUGCCAAGCCAACAAAAGAACCUGAAUCACUCAAGAUUGCCAGUCUUAGUCUCUCACAUCACAGUUCUGUCGAUCGCUGGCAGGUCCCUGGAAAGCCAUCAGACAAAAAUAUGAGCACGAGGCCUCACCGUAUGUGUCAAGCACCAGGGCUGUUAGGUCUAGCCGGACUUCAUCAAUCGCCAGUUUUAAACGGAGAACAGCCCUCAGCGUAUCUGGGGAAACGUCAAGGGCAGCGAAUGCAUGACAAGGAAGAACUGCUCUUUUCUCAUCUGCGUCGCUCACUCUCUGCAAGCGCAACAAUCCUCCUCAUGAAGCCGAUCCUUCCUUUCACCCUGUGUGUCCUGGCAUCUUUGCAAGCGACUGCCUCACUUCCAAUUGCUGACACCAUUGCGUAUGGGUUCGCAGAAGAGCCUGCAUGUGGGUCGACCAUGUCUUUCUGACCACCGCCGGUCAUUCGUUUGCGCACAUUCUGCAGUCCGCAAGCGAGAAGGGCACGACAUACUCCCCCAUCGAUUGUUGUG